AUGAGGGGGAAUAAACCUCCUCAACCUCUACAAGAGGACGCUAUUUUCAAGGGUCUGGAUCCUGCGGUUCAGGAGUUCUUGAAUUGGAAGAUCAAGAAAAUGAACGAAGUUAUGAAUCACAAAUCCAAAAGCUUCCAAGAAAUCAUAGAAAACAAACUGAUGGAGAUCCAGACGCUGAAGGCGACACUGGCAAAGUUAAAGAGCGAUCAGGAGCAGGCGGCGAGAGCGCGAGACUCGCCCAGUCUCGAGCUCAAAGCUCUCAAAACUGAACUGCUGCGACACAAGUCCAAGAACGAGAUGCUGCAGAAGGAAAGUGCCGAAGCCAGUGCUCUCGUCAAGAAGCACAAGAAAGACUGCGAGAAAUCAGACAAGAAAGUCUUGGAGCUGAAGGCCAUGUACGCGGAACAGAAGGACAAGUACGAGAAACAGCUGUCAGAACAGGCCAACGCUCAAGCCAAGAGAGUGGACGAACUUAAGAAACUGAACAAGGCAUUGAAAGAGGACCUGAGCCUUCAGAGCAGAGACUGGGAGAAGAACAAAAACAGUUAG